AUGAAAUUCAUCGACAUUUUAUUCAUACUGGUUGCGGCAGCAACCGCUAAUGCAACACUGCUUCCAGCUGAUGAAGAUGGCUUACCACAAGCAUCGGGGCCCUCCAAUCAGGUAGCUGGUACUUCCGGCCAAGCAUCAGGCGUUUCUGGAGAAGAAUGGGAAAACGUAUCUAGUUUAGGCAGUGACGCCGGUUCAAGCAUUUUUGGUCAAGGCUUGGAAAAUCCAAAUGAUAACCCAGAAAACACUGGUUCCAAUCAAGAAACUCUAGACGAAGAAACUCGGCAAGAAUUCGAUGAUCUAAAAGAAAAAGUUGAAUUGCUUGAAAAGAAACAAGAGGAAAAGUGCAAAUUUUAUUUCGAUAGCAUGAAUGAAGGAUUGAAACAAGGAUCGAAAUCAGCAAAUAGCCGAAGGAAAUCUAGAACAAAACACAAUCCAAACGUUGAAAAGCGAUUGGAAGAAGAGUGUCAAAAAGCAAUACAAAAAACAAAGGCUACUAAAAAAGAAUUACAAGAGUUUGCGAUGAAGCAUGGCUUGACAUUGGGUCUUGGUUUUGAUUUGGAUUUGGAUUUGGAUUCGGAUUCGGAUUUGGAUUCGGAUUUUGAUUUGAGUUCAGAUUCGGAUUCGGACUGA